GCUCCCAUCCAGAGUCAGGAUGGAAGGAUGGAAGUGUGUUUUGACUUGUGACCGCGUGUGCUGUACCUUUUUUCAUUUCAAGGAUUAUGAGGCAGGUAGCUAAGUGGUCAAUGCCUCGCAGAGAUCACUGAUAAGGUUGGAGGGGUUCACUUAAUCCCCGUUGAGCACAUGGGCAGAGGGACAGCAGUAUAAAAGUUAAUGGUGGGAGCAGUAGGCUCUUCACUGAACGCUGAACAGGCUUCCACCAAGAGACAAUUACAACAGGUUAUUGCCACCCGCCACUAUGAUGUGCUUGUUUAAAUUAACUGGAGUGUCCCUCAUCCUGUCCAUACUUCUGAAUAUCGCAGACUCUUAUCCAAACAGCGACAUGACAAACAUGGGCUGUGAGGAAUGCAAACUGAGGGAGAACAAAGUCUUCUCAAACCCGGGUGCCCCUGUCUAUCAGUGUACAGGCUGUUGCUUCUCCAGAGCUUAUCCAACCCCACUACGGUCCAAGAAAACCAUGUUGGUCCCAAAGAACAUCACCUCUGAAGCCACAUGCUGCGUUGCAAAAGAAGGGAAAAGGGUGGUGGUCGACAAUAUCAAGCUGACGAAUCAUACAGAGUGUCACUGCAGCACUUGUUAUCACCAUAAGUCAUAAACUCUCUGUGAGGGCUGGAAAUCUCCUUGUUUGCAGAAGUAAAAGCUUGGUACCAGAUACUAUAUAUUUUACACAACUCAUUCCUGAAGUUCCUUGUGUUUUAAAAGCCCAGUGCAGUCAAAAAUGUGAUUUUCCUGUGUUUUAUAUAUGUUUUCACACUACGAGGUUGGAAUAAUACUGUGAAACUGAAAAUGAUGAUAAUACCCUUUUAUUGUAAGGUGUUUGAAAAGACCACCUGAAAUGUCAGCCUGUUUUGGUGGGAUGGAUUUGGGCCUGCCUGGUAAUGUCACCAGACGGUAAAUUAGUUAAUAGACAAAUAAGAGAGUUCCAAACUUCUCUGCCAAUAACAGCUAGUUUAAAAUGUUCCCCUUCCACUCAGACCCCUCCCAGGCAGUCCUAGCAAAUUCUUGCUUGAGAAAUUGCUCUUUGCUAAGAAGCUAUUUUUGUUUAUUUUUGACCAUUUUAAUUGAAAACAAUCACAUUAAGAUAGUCUGCUGAGAAUAUUUAUAGUGCUCUACUGGUCACAAUUAUAUAAAGUUGUAUUCCUGUACUGUGUUGAUCAACAAAAUACUUUACUGUAUGAAUUGAAUAACUAUUCAAAUGUCCUUAACAUGCAUAUUAUUUUGACACAUGA